GGUGGGAAGGCACUGGAGCGCAGCAGCGAGGAGAGCAUCCGAAUUCCCUCCUCUGUUGCUGAUUGGUUGAAAACCAGCAGGCAGCAGCCAGCCCCCUGCGGCUCGACUCGCCAUUUGCUGCGAAGAGGUGGCAGUCAGGGCGGGCCGAGGCUGCGGCGCUCCUUCCAGCUCUGCGCUGCCGCCGCGGUCCUGUUGCGCUGCCGCCGCUGCAGCCGCCGCCUGGGUCGCCGUGGUCCGCGCUUCUGCGUGGGGACUGCUUCCCCGGCUCCGGGCGCAGACACCAUGUACGGAUUCGUGAAUCACGCGCUGGAGCUGCUGGUGAUCCGCAAUUAUGGCCCGGAGGUGUGGGAAGACAUCAAAAAAGAGGCACAAUUAGAUGAAGAAGGGCAGUUUCUUGUCAGAAUAAUAUAUGAUGAUUCUAAAACUUAUGAUUUGGUUGCUGCUGCAAGCAAAGUCCUCAAUCUCAAUGCUGGAGAAAUCCUCCAAAUGUUUGGGAAGAUGUUUUUUGUCUUUUGUCAAGAAUCUGGUUAUGAUACAAUCUUGCGCGUCCUGGGAUCUAACGUCAGAGAAUUUCUACAGAACCUUGAUGCUUUACAUGACCACCUUGCUACUAUCUACCCAGGUAUGCGUGCACCUUCUUUUAGGUGCACAGAUGCAGAAAAGGGCAAAGGACUCAUUCUGCACUACUACUCAGAGAGAGAAGGACUUCAGGAUAUUGUCAUCGGAAUCAUCAAAACAGUAGCUCAACAAAUACAUGGCACUGAAAUAGACAUGAAGGUUAUUCAGCAAAGAAAUGAAGAAUGUGAUCAUACUCAAUUUUUAAUUGAAGAAAAAGAGUCAAAAGAAGAGGAUUUUUAUGAAGAUCUUGACAGAUUUGAAGAAAAUGGUACCCAAGAAUCACGCAUCAGCCCGUAUACCUUCUGCAAAGCUUUUCCUUUUCACAUAAUAUUUGACCGGGACCUAGUGGUCACACAGUGUGGCAAUGCCAUAUACAGAGUGCUCCCCCAGCUCCAGCCUGGGAAUUGCAGCCUUUUGUCUGUCUUCUCUCUGGUUCGUCCUCAUAUUGACAUUAGUUUCCAUGGGAUCCUUUCACACAUCAAUACGGUUUUCGUAUUGAGAAGCAAGGAAGGAUUGUUGGAUGUAGAGAAAUUAGAAUGUGAGGAUGAGCUGACUGGGACUGAGAUCAGCUGCUUGCGUCUCAAGGGUCAGAUGAUCUACUUACCUGAAGCAGAUAGCAUACUUUUUCUGUGUUCACCAAGUGUGAUGAAUCUGGAUGACUUGACAAGAAGAGGUCUGUAUCUGAGCGACAUUCCUCUGCACGAUGCUACGCGAGAUCUCGUUCUUUUGGGAGAACAAUUCAGAGAGGAAUACAAACUGACCCAAGAACUGGAAAUCCUCACAGACAGGCUGCAGCUGACAUUAAGAGCCCUGGAAGAUGAAAAGAAAAAGACAGACACGUUAUUAUAUUCUGUCCUUCCUCCGUCUGUUGCCAAUGAACUGAGACACAAGCGUCCAGUACCUGCCAAAAGAUAUGACAAUGUGACCAUCCUCUUCAGUGGCAUUGUGGGCUUCAACGCUUUCUGUAGCAAGCACGCAUCGGGAGAAGGGGCCAUGAAGAUCGUAAACCUUCUCAAUGACCUCUACACCAGAUUUGACACACUGACUGAUUCCCGGAAAAAUCCAUUUGUUUAUAAGGUGGAGACUGUUGGUGAUAAGUAUAUGACAGUGAGUGGUUUACCAGAGCCAUGCAUCCACCAUGCUCGAUCCAUUUGCCACCUGGCCUUGGACAUGAUGGAAAUUGCUGGCCAGGUUCAAGUAGAUGGCGAAUCUGUUCAGAUAACAAUAGGAAUACACACAGGAGAAGUAGUAACAGGUGUCAUAGGACAGAGGAUGCCUCGAUAUUGUCUUUUUGGAAAUACUGUCAACCUCACAAGCAGAACAGAAACCACUGGAGAAAAGGGAAAAAUAAAUGUGUCUGAAUAUACAUACAGAUGUCUUAUGACACCAGAAAAUUCAGAUCCACAAUUCCAUUUGGAACACAGAGGCCCAGUGUCCAUGAAGGGCAAAAAAGAACCAAUGCAAGUUUGGUUUCUAUCCAGAAAAAACACAGGAACAGAGGAAACACAGCAGGAUGAGAACUGAAUCAUGGACUGUGGGAUGAAAGGACUGUGGACUAGGUUGCACUUAAUCCCCCAAUACACACCAAGCCUAGGAGCAGUUAUUCCCUAGGGAUACAGAUUUUGCUUUGUCCAUUGCAUUUAUCCCAAGUCUUUCUCCUAGGUAUAUCUUUCACUGUUCAUUAUACAACUUUAGCUCUGCUUUUGAUUAUUCUCGAGGUUUAGUAUAUUAUCUAAAGUUUGGCUUUCAGUGUGGGUGUUGUGAGCUUUGUGUGUCUUAAAAUCUACUGCAAGCAUUACCUAACAUGGUAAUUUGCAAGUAGUAGGCACCCAAUAAAUAUUUGUUGAAUUUAAUUAAAUGAAACUGAACAGUACUUGGCCGUGUGCAUAUACACCAUGGUUUGUCAAAUCUGUUUAGUGCUCCAUAUGUAUAUUUUAAUGACUAUAACAUACAACAAAGUUUAUAUCGUGUUGGUGUAUAUUAUUAUAGAAAUCAUUUUCUAAAGGAGUGAAUCCUAAGUUUUAGGAAAAAAUGUGAUUUAUUUUCAGACUUCCCAAAUAAAAAUUAAUAUACCAUGCUAAGAAAAUAGUGACUAUUUUGAAAUAUGCUAAUUUCCCUUCAGAAAUAUAGAAUACACAUUUCUCUUAUUAAAAUAUUUGAUUGCUCAUUCAAAUCAUGUGGCAAUUAUAAUUCCUCUAAAAUGCUAUCAUUUGUAUUGUAUCCCUUAUAUUAAAUCUCAUUAACCACAUGCAGCUGUCAUAGAAACCUGCACUGUUUCACACUGAGCUAUCACGUUAGCCUGGGAUAAAUGUUAGGGGCUCUAACCACAUCCAAGAAUAAACUAGAAGCACUGCUGGGAUUCUCCUGUUAGAGCCGUUCCUGGCUUUUUAUUCCCAGAAAUGAGCUUCUUUUUCUUAGCUUAGAAGAAUGUGACUAUAUCUAGGGCAUCAUGUUCAGAAAAGUUAGUUUAAUUUUGACAUGGAAUGCAUUCCUAUUGGAAUAAUUGGCCUAUUGUUCUUAAAUGUCUCUGAUAAUUUAUUAAAAUCUAUCUUUAUAAAAUAUAGUGCAACUACUUUUGUGUAAAAAUGUUUGUCUUUAAAUUUGGUAUUUCGUAUCAGCACAUCAAUAUAUGUAUAAAUGUUCCAUGUUAAUGUGUAAAAUAAUCUGCAAUAAAUUAUUUUUUCCACUUGUC